UAAUGUCGUCUGCCAAUUUAUUAAAUCAUAAAAGUGUAUUAAGAGAGAAAACUCUUAACUUUUUAAAUGUACCAAUAGCUGAAUACCUAGUAUAAUAAAAUAUUAUUUUAUAUAGACUUAAUAAAAACCAAAUACAGAGGAUUCAUAAUAUAAAUCAUUUUAAAGAAAUCUUUAACUUUAAAAACAGAUACUAAAUGAAUAAGAUGAUGUUCAUCAUUACUAAACUGAAUUAUUUACUAAAUCAGUUAAAUAAGAGAGAGUACCAAUAAUAGUAAAUCGUCCAUCUGUUUAACAUUUUAAACCAACUCUACCUAAUGAUUUUGCUAUUCCAAAUAGAAAAUCAGAGACAAUUAUAAAAUAAAUAUCUAGAAUAGAUGAUGAUUUAGAUCAAUUAGCUUAAAUUUUCUAUUAACGUAAACUUUUGAUGAAAACAUAUAAUGCCUUAGAAUAACAUGCUGAAAGAAAGAAUAUUCAGAUAGCUGAUGAACAUAGACAAAUUUAGAUCUUCAAAGCGUUUUUCUAAUAAUUAUAAAAGAAAUAAAUGAUAUAGAAUUUUAAGAAAAGUCUUAAACAAAAAUGAA